CGGACCGCUGCGAAGGAGCAGAGAGACAGAGAGACGCACUGACUCCAUCAGCACAAGUGGAUGAAAGAGCCCAAUGCUUUGGAGAAACUGAACUGAGAUCGGCGCUCUAUAAACUCACGAAGAUAAUAAGAGGUGCUUGCAUGAGCUAAGGGGUAAUGAAGAGUAGAAUAACCAGUCUUAUUGAAGAGUUGAGAUUCUUUUCCAAAAUGGCACGGAUUUGCUCCCAUGCAAAUGCUCAUUUUGCAAAGAUGACAUAGCACUUGACAAAAAUGGGAUUCCUCCUGGAACAAGACUCACUAACGACCUGAAUGAAAAGAGAAAGGGAUUCUAUUCAAAUCGGAGCUGUUUCUUCUUCUUCUUUUUACUUGACAAGCCUCGGUUGUUAGUCAACACAUAGUGAAAUAUGAAUCUGGGAAAUGCACUUCUGUUUUUCCUCCUUUCCAAUUGUGUGACAAUGACUCUGUCGCUAUCCACGUGCACCACUGUGGACAUCGACCACAUAAAGAAAAAGAGAGUAGAGGCGGUCCGGGGACAGAUCCUCAGUAAACUCCGGCUGACCAGUCCGCCUCAAACAACAGGUCCGAGUCAAGUACCGUUUCAGGUCCUGGCCCUUUAUAACAGCACCAAGGAGCUCAUUGAGGAGCUGGGAAGAGACCGGCAUCAGAGUUGUGGACAGGAUAACACGGAGACUGAGUACUAUGCUAAAGAGAUUUACAAGUUCAACUUGGUCAAUGGUCCGCCAGAAAACAAUGACCUCCCCUACUGCCCUAAGGGAAUCACUUCCAAGGUAUUUCGCUUCAACGUCUCCACCAUGGAGAAGAACUCCACCAACUUGUUCCGGGCCGAGUUUCGAGCCCUGCGGAUCCCCAACUCCGGCGCCAAGAGAAACGAGCAGAGGAUUGAGCUCUACCAGAUCCUCCAGAAAGACGACCCCAAAGCCAAACAGCGCUACAUUGGGGGCAAGAACGUCCUGACCAAGGGAACUCUUGAGUGGGUCUCCUUUGAUGUUACAGAGACAGUGAGAGAGUGGCUGAUGUACCGACAGACCAAUCUUGGCCUGGAGAUCAGCGUACAUUGUCCCUGCCACACUUUCAGGCCUAAUGGGGACAUUAUCGAGAACGCCAAUGAGGUGCUAGAGGUCAAGUUUGGUAUGGAAGCAGACUAUGACAACCUGAGCCCUGUGAAAAAACAAAAGGAGCAGCCCUACCCCCAUCUCAUCCUCAUGAUGCUCCCUCCCCACAGGCUGGAUGCCCAAUCUUCCUCCCGCAGGCGUAAGCGGGCACUUGACACCAAUUACUGCUUCAACAACUAUGAGGAGAACUGCUGUGUACGACCACUAUAUAUUAAUUUCCGGCAGGAUUUGGGCUGGAGGUGGAUCCAUCAGCCUGAAGGGUACUACGCUAACUUCUGCUCUGGUCCCUGUCCUUAUCUACGCAGCGCAGACACCACCCACAGCUCGCUGCUGAGCCUGUACAACACCUUGAACCCGGAAGCAUCCGCCUCACCCUGCUGCGUUCCUCAGGACUUGGAGCCCCUCACCAUCCUCUACUACGUGGGUCGCUCCCCUAAAGUGGAGCAGCUCUCCAACAUGGUUGUUAAGUCCUGCAAGUGCAGCUAAAUAUCAGGGCUCCGGGGAUGUGAGAUGUGACGGCUCCAAACACUACUCAGGAGGAGGAGGGUGUUAGGGGUUGAGGGGGGCGCGGUACACUUUGCCCCACAAAAGUACCUCCAACCCCUGCUUCAGCCUGAGCUCUCUCUCUCUCUCUCUCUCUGUCUCUCUCUCUCUCACACGGAAAAACAAAAGAUGCAGUCCACCACUCUGCUCACAAUCAUUGGCAGCAUUUACCAAGAAGACUUGUCAAACACCACUUCACUAACGGCACUCUCAAACCCAUCAGACCUCUUCCCUUAUCAAUCGCCUUUUGACAUCAGUGUUUCUCUUUUUUUAUUUUAUAUAUUCCAGCAUUUUGAACAGCCUGUACCUCAGUGUUACACCACAGGAAGAAGAGAACAAUAUUUUUUCUUUCAAUGACCACUGCAUUCUAAAGGACAUAAAAUAAUUGCAGUCAAAAAAGAGAAAAUGACUGAGAAUGCAGACUGAACUCAGAAUAAUAGGAAUACGUCAAAGAGAGGGUGAAACUAAAAUAGUUGUUUGCUGAGAGCAAACAAAACCUUCGGCUAUGACGCACAGGACACCUUCGAAUGUCCAAGCUGGAAACUGACGCUGCGCACGCCACAGCUCCCUACACUGUUUGUUUAGGACUGAAAUGCUGUUGAAUUCAAAUUACCUUAGAAAAAAAAAGAAAACAUGCUGGAAACCAACCUUUAAUUCAAAGUAUUAUUUCCAUGGUUAUGUUUACCUCUGUAAUACAACAGGAUGGGGAUUCCAGGGAUCGUUUUUUGUUUUUAAAGUGGAGCCAUUCUGUUGUAUGAGACGACGUAUGUCACUAAGUGAACGCUUAACUAGAUCACAAACUGUAAAUGUUUUUUCCUUUUAUUCUUGGAAACACCUUUUUUUUUUUAUUAAAAUGGACAGUUGGAUAGAA